UUUAGGAAACAUCGGGGAGGGCAAAGUGGCCACAGAUGUGUGAGUCAGCCGGGGUGCUCUCUGUUCCAGACAAAUGAGAGACUGAGUCUGGGGCUGGGGGUGAAGUGGGGAGAGGGCGAGGCCAGAGGGGGUAGGGGUCUGAUGGGUAUUAAGUCGGGAGCAAAGCUCUAGGGGAGCCAAGUAUCUCAGUGGAGCCACCAUUGUCCCCUUGCCUGUCCUGCCUGCCCUCCUCUGUCCUCCCCUCCCCUCCCUCAUUCAAACAAGUGGCUCUCCCAAGGAGUUUCUGGAAGCAGCCGUGACUGGGGUAGUGGGGUCAGGUGGUGGCUGGGCUCGAGUCAGGAAUCCAGGAAUCCGGGAGGCCAGGAGGUAGGAGAUGGAGCUGGCUGACCCCUCCUGGGGCGUGGUCCAGAAAAGUGGCAGAACGAGCCGAGAACGCUGGGUGCAACCCUCUUCCCUGCGUGGCCUGGGAGUGGGGACGGGUGGGGAACCCCACGAGCAGCUAGGGUGUAGCAAGAGUUUGGGGGGCGGCCCGACGAGGUCUGGGCAGGGACAGGGGAUCCCUGUCCUAGGCUGGGGGCUGCCCCCUCCCCUUGGCCUGGCUCCUGCCGCCCAUGCUGCCGGUGAAACGCUGUUGACAUGUCCUGAAUUAUUAAGCAUGGGGUGGGCUCCGGAGCACAUGCUGAGCGGAGCGGCUGGGGCUGCGCGGCGUGGCGGAGCAGCGCUCGCUCCCUCGCUCACUCGCUCGCUCGCAGGGACACACGCAGGGGCUGACAGCUGUGCUGGUGCUGAUAAGGGAAGCCACAAGGAGACGAUCGAGGAGAGAGACAAGACAAGCGGCAGCAGAGGCAGCAGCGGCAGAGGCAGCACCAGGGCUGCGGAGCUGCUGGGAGUGGGAGUGACUCCCCCACCUCGGGCCCCCACCCUGUCCCCAUCCUCCUGCUGCUUGCCCUGAGUUUAGAAGAGCAGCUGCUGCCACCGCCGCCACUCCGGAGGGCAUCUGGGGCUACUGGCCAGGGAGGGACGGGGGCAAGGAGGCUCCGGCCAGUCCCAGCAGCCGGGGACAGAUGCCGAUCGAGAUUGUGUGCAAAAUCAAAUUUGCAGAGGAGGAUGCGAAACCCAAGGAGAAGGAGGCAGGGGAUGAGCAGAGCCUCCUGGGGGCCGCGCGGGGGCCCGCAGCCCCCCGGGACCUGGCCACCUUUGCCAGCACCAGCACUCUGCACGGGCUGGGCCGGGCCUGUGGCCCAGGCCCCCAUGGACUGCGCAGAACCCUGUGGGCACUUGCUCUACUCACCUCGCUGGCUGCCUUUCUGUACCAGGCGGCCAGCCUGGCCCGGGGCUACCUGACGCGGCCUCACCUGGUGGUCAUGGACCCUGCUGCCCCAGCCCCGGUGGCGGGUUUCCCGGCCGUCACCCUCUGCAACAUCAACCGGUUCCGGCACUCGGCACUCAGCGACGCCGACAUCUUCCACUUGGCCAAUCUGACCGGGCUGCCCCCCAAAGACCGGGACGGGCACCGUGCCGCCGGCCUGCGCUACCCGGAGCCCGACAUGGUAGACAUCCUCAACCGCACCGGCCACCAGCUCGCCGACAUGCUUAAGAGCUGCAACUUCAGUGGGCACCACUGCUCCGCCAGCAACUUCUCGGUGGUCUAUACUCGCUAUGGGAAGUGUUAUACCUUCAAUGCAGAUCCACAGACCUCGCUGCCCAGCCGGGCAGGGGGCAUGGGCAGUGGCCUGGAAAUCAUGCUGGACAUCCAGCAGGAGGAGUACCUACCCAUCUGGAGAGAGACAAACGAGACGUCGUUUGAAGCUGGCAUCCGAGUGCAGAUCCACAGCCAGGAGGAGCCACCCUACAUCCACCAGCUGGGCUUUGGUGUGUCCCCAGGCUUUCAGACCUUCGUGUCCUGCCAGGAACAGCGGCUGACCUAUCUGCCCCAGCCCUGGGGCAACUGCCGGGCGGAGAGCGGGCUCAGGGAGCCUGAGCUUCAGGGCUACUCGGCCUACAGUGUGUCUGCCUGCCGGCUGCGCUGUGAAAAGGAGGCCGUGCUUCAGCGCUGCCACUGCCGGAUGGUGCACAUGCCAGGCAAUGAGACCAUCUGCCCGCCCAACAUCUACAUCGAGUGCGCCGACCACACACUGGACUCCCUGGGUGGGGGCUCCGAGGGCCCAUGCUUCUGCCCUACCCCUUGCAACCUGACCCGCUAUGGGAAAGAAAUCUCCAUGGUCAGGAUCCCCAACAGGGGCUCCGCCCGGUACCUGGCAAGAAAGUACAACCGCAAUGAGACCUAUAUACGGGAGAACUUCCUGGUCCUAGAUGUCUUUUUUGAAGCCCUGACCUCUGAGGCCAUGGAGCAGCGAGCCGCCUAUGGCCUGUCAGCCCUCCUGGGAGACCUUGGGGGCCAGAUGGGCCUAUUCAUCGGGGCCAGCAUCCUCACGCUGCUGGAGAUCCUUGACUACAUCUAUGAGGUGUCCUGGGACCGACUGAAGCGGGCGUGGCGUCGUCCCAAGACGCCCCUCCGGACCUCCACUGGGGGCAUCUCCACUCUGGGGCUGCAGGAGCUGAAGGAGCAGAGUCCCUGCCCAAGCCGCGGCCGUGCUGAAGCGGGGGGCGCCGGCACCCUGCUUCCCAAUCACCAUCACCUGCAUGGCCCCCCAGGAGGCCUCUUUGAAGACUUCGCUUGCUAGGAUGGUGCUGUGUCCUAAAGGACCCAGGAGUCUGGGACUCCUCCCCAGACCCCCACCAGUCUCCUCCUGCUCCUGGGACAGAAGGCCUGGGGGGCAGCGCAAAGCUGAGGGGGUGGGGCGGUGCUCACUGGGAGGGUGGGACUCAGUUCCUGCUCUCACCAACCUGGCACCAGCUGCUUUGCACAAAGGUCCCUCUUGUCCAUACCCUCCACCCCCAGGCUGGUGCCCAGGGAGGGCUGGA